CAUUUAAUCACAAUUGGCAAUCCUUUAUGGUGUAUUUGGUGCCACUUGAACUGUUAGAAGUCAACGACACUAAGGUUAAAUAUUCUUCGUCGAAAGUCUUCAAAAUGGUUCGAUUCAACAAACCCGAUGCUGAUUCUGUUUUCCGCUCUCCUCUCGGUCCUUACGACUACUCGCAGGAAAAAUGGGAUUCCCUCACUUCUUUUCUAGAAGAUAUGUUCAGACGGAAGCAUCCUACAAGUCAAAUAUUCGAGGUCGCUUCAGGAAUGACAAUGACGUACAGUGAGCUUCUAGAGGUAGCAGAGACGGUUGCGGCUAGUUUAGCACUUGAAGGUAUUCCCCCGAGAACCAUCGUUCACAUUGUGUGCGAGAACAGUUUUGAUUGGAUAACGACUCUGUUCGCAUGUUAUUUGAAUGACUGCAUUGUUGUCGCCAGCAACUCAAAGUCACCGUGGCCAGAAUGUGCUCGGAAUAUAGAAACAAGUUGUUCUACCGUUCUUAUUUUGUCGGCAAAAUGCUUCGCAAGGCUCAAAAAUGAAAUAGACCACCCUUUCUUGACUCAUAUAAUUGACAUUGAGCCAAAUUCAGCCAAAGAGAAAUACGACCCACAGUUUAACUUCACUCGAAGAGAGACGCUCAGAUCUCCCGUGUACAACAGAGAAGAACUGCAGGACAUUUGCAGCAUGUUAUUCUCUUCAGGAACUUCAGGAGUUCCGAAAUCGAUCAAAAUAGACCGGAAGAGUCUGAUUAGCGGUUGCUUGACAAAUACGUUUCCAGAUUUUGCUACACAAACUCACCAGGAUGUUACCCUAGUUGCUCAACCCAUUGCCCACUUUGGUGGACUAACGAUCUUCUUUUUUUCUGCUUUCCAGGGCGCAAACUUGGUUAUCACUGACUAUCCAGGAUCAACUGGGCUUCUUCAGGUUAUCCAAAAGUACCGGAUAACUUUUUUCUUUGCAGUUCCGUCAGUUUUGCACUCUUUGGCUAAAAUAGAUAAUUUGGAAAGUUUCGACUUAGCAUCCAUUCGAGUUAUUUUAACCGGCGCUACAAGUCCUAACUUUGAAGUUAUAAAAACUUUGCAGAAAAGGAGUGGGAAUGAAAAUGUGACAAUAAAACAUGGAUACGGUGCCACGGAAACGUACGGUACAACCUUUAUGACGAAUGAAAAUUUCGAGACAUGCAUUGAGUCCAUAGGAUUAGGCUUGCCAGGGGUCAACUUCCGAAUCGCCGAUUUGAAGGACCCUACAACAUUAAUAACAGAACCUAAUCUUGAGGGUGAAUUACAAACCAGGCAGUGUCAUCCUUAUUUACUAUAUUUUAACGACCCCGAAAAAUCAGCGACAGCUUUGACCGACGAUGGUUUCUACAAAACGGGGGAUUUGGCUUAUCUAAAUGAGGAUCUAAAUGUCAUGAUCUCUGGACGAAUCAAAGACGUGAUCAAAUUUCGUGGGUUUUCAGUUUCACCAGCUGAAAUUGAGGCAAUUUUAACGCAGCACCCGUUAGUUCAAGAGUGUUCAGUUGUCGCAAAACCCAAUGAAGCAAACGGCGAAAUCCCAGUUGCUUUUGUCGUACUGAAGUUUCCGGAUACAGCUGGCACAAACGAAGUCGAAAAAGAGCUGAUCGCAUAUGUGGCAGAGUCGUUGGCCGAAUUCAAGAGGAUCCAUCGUGUUUAUUUCAUUGAUGACAUUCCAAAAAAUGGCAGCGGAAAAAUACUCAAGCAAAUGCUAGUCAGGAAAUUCCAGAAAGAAUGAAAAAAACUUUCCGUUUUUUUUGAGGUCACUGAUUACACUUUUUGUAUCCAGAAAAAUAAUUUGUAUAACUUUUAAUGUCUGUUGCCUUAUAUAAUCUCGCGAAAAUACAAGGUAAGAAAGAAAGACGGCUAACCUGUUGCUGUGCAAGUUGCAAAAGGUAUGAUCAUAAUCACAAAAAUAGGGGGUGUAAUUGUUAAGUAGAAGGGGGGUGUAAAACAAGAAAGGGGGCGCAAAUGUUAAGAAGAUUAAUUUGGUCGAAUUUUCGACCUAACAGGCUGCAGCAAAAUUUGAAUUUUAAAUAGACCACUCUAGUGCUAAUUUACAGCUUUUUAUAGGGGGGGUUCUUUAGUAGAUACCAUAGGGGGCUAUUGUUAAUUAGAUCCACCAACUUUUCUCUACACUGGAACACCAACUUUUUUAUUUAAUUUUGGUAUCCGAAUCACGGCGGUCUUUUUUGAGGUGUCCAAAGUGUGGCAAAAAAAUAUCAACUUACUCCAUAAUGACUCAGCGCAUUAUACCGCUCGCACUCGAGUCGAAUGUUAGUGCAUUAGCUACUUGCCAAACCGGAUUAAGGACAGACGUAAAGAUAGAGAGCAGCCGUAGCCGAGUGGGUUGCGCACACGUCUCUCAAAACGAAGGUCAUGCAUUCGAUUCUCACUUCGGAUACUGUUGAAGGGGUCCCAGUGUCAUCCGUCUCCUCAAAGUGGGACCGGCUGCAGCGAAAUGGAUGACAUCUCCUUCCCCCACGAUUGGU